GAGGUGAAGGUGUUGUUAGACAGAACACCAUUUUGUCUGCCAAUCUUCAGUCAUCCCUUAGCUCCUCUCACUUCUCAUCAAAUCAUGCAACCUAUACCUGCAACCACAAUGGACAUUGACACACCUGGUUUCUCCACCAUUGACUCCUCAGGCCUCAAUAAACUUGUUAGGAUGAAAGAUCAAAAGUGGGUUCGUGAAAAUGGAGGAAUUGAAGGCAUCAUUUCAGCCCUUGAAACAGAUGUCGACAACGGCAUCCAUGGUGGCCGUGCAGACCUUGAUGCUAGACGAAAAGCCUUCGGUUCAAACUUUUGUCCAGGCUGUAAACCUCGAAAGUUGUUCUCCUGUCUAGUCCUGGAAGCACUUAAAGAACCAUUGAUCAUCAUCCUUCUAAUAACUACUAUUUCUUCUCUUGCCUUUGGCAUUUUAAAGAAUGGUCUAAAAGAAGGGUGUAAAGAAGGACUGGUCAAGCUUAGUGCUAUUCUGGCAGUAGUCCUUGUUUCUGCUGGAGCGGAGCUCUGGUCACUCCGUGAAUGCAUCGACCUCUCUGACUUUAGCAGUUACCUCCCCCAAGUUGAUGUUCUGAGAGAUGGUAAAUGGAAGCCGAUGUCAAUAUGCAGAGUUGUUGUGGGAGACAUAGUAUUUCUGAAGCCUGGAGACCAAGUUCCUGCAGAUGGACUUUUCAUUGAAGGCUGCUCAUUGCAAGUCGAGAAAACAAAAAUAGAUGGGCAAAUUGAGCUUGUGGAAGUUGAUGGCCACGAGGAUCCAUUCUUGUUCUUUGGGAGUACAGUUGUUGAUGGAUAUGCUCGGAUGCUGGUAACAGCAGUUGGAAUGAACAAAAAGAAUCAUGCAAUAAGCAUAAAAGGCACAAUAGUCGAUGAAACAAAACACCUUACCUCAGUAGUAGGUAAAGCUGGCCAGGCAGUCGCUCUACUGACAUUUUUAGUGUUACUGGCCCGAUUCUUUGCUGGAGGAAUACAUGAUGAACAUGGAAACAGAGUUUCAUUUGGAGGAGAAACAAAGAUACUUGAUGCCUUGGUUGCUAUAGUUGGACUUAUUGCCACACCCGCAAUGAUUGCUUUGACAGCUACUCCAGAGGGUCUGCUAUUGGCUGUGAAAAUCACUCUUGCUUAUUCAAUGAGGAGACUCAGGCGUGCUGGUGUUCUAGUGAGGGAGCCUUCACUAUGCCAUUCAGUCGCUUCUGUUACAACCAUCUGUAUGAACAUGACAGGAACAGCAACAUAUGACUCCAAAGAUGUACCUAAGUUUUGGCUUGGGCUAAACUCUAUUGAAGAAGUACCUCAUAAUUUGAUUGCAACAAAUGUUCUAGAGCUAUUACACCAAGGUAUUGGCCUGAACACAACUCAGCCCCCUUCAAGGUUGUUGUGUGGAUCUCCUCAGAAUUCAACAGAAAAGGCAAUUUUUGAAUGGGCUGUAAAGCACUUAGGCAUGGAUGUAGAAACUCUAAAGGGGAACUGCACCAUUCUUGAAAUUGAACCCUUCAAUUCCAAGAAUAGACAAAGCGGGGUUUUGAUCAGUAAGAAUGCAGACAAUACAAUUCAUGUACACCGGAAGGGAGCAGCAGAAGAUAUAAUACCUACAUGCUCACACUAUUAUGAUACAACUGGUAUUGUCAGAGUGAUUAACAAAAACACAAAGGUGCUGUUGGAUCAAAUACUGGAAGGCAUGGCAGAAAAUGGCAUGCGUUGCAUUGCUUUUGCACACAGAAAGACAUCAAUACGAGAUUAUUUCACUUUUUCUCGCCAACAGCUAAUCUUAUUAGGCAUUGCGGGUCUAACAAGUCCACGUCGAGCUGGGUUAAGAAGCACUUUAAAGGACUGCAGGCGAGCAGGAGUGAACUUCAAAUUGAUCACAGGUGACAACAUUCUAACGGCCAAAGCUAUUGCUGUGCAGUGUGGCAUACUUGAGCCAAAUCACAAACCUGAGGAGGUGGUAGAAGGGGAGGAAUUCAGGAACUUUACAGCAGAGGAGAGAUUAGAAAAACUGAAUAACAUUCGCCUCAUUGCUAGAGCCAUCCCAUCUGACAAGGUUCUUAUGGUAGAGUGUUUGAAACAAAAGGGACAAGUUGUUGCUUUUCUAGGCCGUGGAACUGGGGAUGUACAGGCACUUAGAGAAGCUGAAGCAGGGCUCUGUUUUGGGACUCAGGGUGCAGAGAUAACCAAGGCAAGCUCUGGAGUAAUAAUGCUUAAUAAGGAAUUCCCUUUGCUAGUUGACAUUUUGAAGUGGAGUCGGGGCAUUUAUGAGAGUAUCCAGGUAUACACUCAGUUCUUGCUCACUGCCACUUUUGUUUCUAUGGUGCUCGAUUUUUUCAUGGCAGUUUCAGCUAGUGAUCCACCCAAUUUCGAUGCAAUGGUAUCAGUUUCAGCUGGAAAAGUCCCAUAUCCGGUGUUUCAACUUUUGUGGAUUAAGCUACUACUAGGCAUUCUAGCUGCUGCAGCCCUUGUUGUGAAGAAGCCAUCUGAAGAGCUAAUGCACCAGCCACCUAGGAAGCAGAAUGAGCCGCUGAUGACCACACUUAUGAUCAGGACCAUACUUACUCAAGCAUUAUAUCAGAUAGCCAUCCUCUUAACCAUACAAUUCAAAGGACAAUCUCUCUUCAAUAUCAAUGGUAAGGAGAAAGAUACGUUGAUCCUAAAUACUUAUAUUCUCUGUCAAGUGUUCACAAUAAUCAAUGCAAGACUCUUUGAAAUGAACACACUUGAAGAAAUAAUGAAGAAAAAGUUGUUUUCUGGUGUCAUUGGGUUGACAAUUGGCCUUCAAGUGUUGAUGGUAGAGGUUUUGAAGAGGUUUGCUGGCACAGCACAGUUGAGUUGGGGACAGUGGGGAACAUGUAUAUCCAUUGCUGCUGCAUCUUCUCCGAUUGGCUGGCUAGUUAAGAGCAUAUCAGCCUCAGAGAAACCAUAUUUCAGCAACUUAACUUGGUUACAAUCAAAGACCAAAACAGAUUAGUCAGACACAAAUCUAAUGGUCUUUGCAAAUAAAGGUUUCAAUCAAACUAUCAAUGUCAUUGAUGUUUUGUGUGAUAAACAUUUCCAAGUAUAUUAUGGCUUUUGUAUGUUAGUCCAUUCCAGUUUCCAGGACUCCAAGUCUUUCAAAAAGAAAUUUUAAAAAAUGUAAAAAUUAGUCUGUUUGUUGUAAUUUCUUCCUUACCAGAACCAACUUCUUAAUUUUCUUUCUUAAAUUUCAUUUUGCAUGUCUGAUGUAGCUGAUAAAACCAAUUAUUAUUUUUAACAAAUCUGAAUUACACAAAUGAAAGUAGCAUUUUAUUUU